CAGCUGAACAGAGAGAGACAGACAGUUGAAUAAGAGAUAGAGCAAGAGGCCUCGUGUGUUUUACGUCUUGUGAUCUGUUAAAAGUCAGCAACAUCACGACAUAUGUGAAAAAAAGAACAGUUUCUCCUUUUACUCAUUUUUUUUUCCUUCUUAACACCAGGAUUGUGCUUCACAUCUGAAGUUAUUUUUGACUCAUCACCUGUUGAAGAAGCAGAGAAUGUUGCUAAGGUUGAUCUAUAGCAGCUAGAGUCUGUCCUGAAUGUGUUCAACAGCCAACUAUGUUCUCCCUCUGAGGAGAACCUGUGAGGUAUUAGCUACUCCAGGCAGGCUGUGUGGGGGAGUGUCCAUGUCAGCUAAUUUCCCUGGAGCCAGGUCUCAUGGAGCUCCUCAGGACACAGAGAUGGAUGUGGCUUGGCAGGAACUGAUGGCCAUCACAGAAAUGCAGGAGUUUCAAGCCCCCAGUGAAGGCUCCUAUGAAACAACACAGUACCAAACUAUGGAGCCCAUGGUCCCUAUGGGAGGAUAUGGGAUGGCCCAGUCCCAUUCGGAGCCGCCUCCUGCUGCUUGUGAGCUCGGCCCUGCUGACACUUAUGAUGGAUGUUAUUCUGAAGAGGUGCCCUCCUGUCAUCGUCUCAGAAGCCAUUCAGAGGCAAUGUAUGGACCUGAACCUCCGCACAAUCAAAGAAUGAUCCCCAUCUCUUCCUACACACAGACCUCGCACAUGGCUCUUAGAGAACCAAUGAACAUGUCAGGUAGCAGUCAAGGGCACAGGAGGGCAAACACUUCUCUCUCUCGGGAUCUCCGUCGGCACAUGCUUUGGACUACACAUGGACAAAGUUUGCACGCCCGCUCAGCUGAUGAUCUUGAGUCGGACUCAGGUCUGUCUCUGGGCUCUAGUCCACCUUUGGCCUCCCCAGAUAAUCCCGUUGGGGGUGCAUCAGGUUACCAGAGUGUUGACAUAGGCAUGACAUAUAGUGAUGUUGAAGCAGACCGUGUGGCUGAACAUGCCAGAAGAGCACACAUCCAUUACCCAAUGGACUACCAGAACCAAUCUCACUCAUAUUUACAAUCAGGUGAUCAGUCUUAUUUCUCAACCCAACCCACUCUCUCUCAUACACAAGGUAAUGCUCCAAUUCCACAGCCAGUAAAACAGCAGGGAGAGGCCUCUGCACUGAAUGAUCUGUACAUAGACUCUGGAGUGUCCAGCAGAGGGAGCUCCCAACAUAACAUGUACAGAAAAUCACAGGGAAGUAUCUCCACUCCUGCACCACUGAGCAGAGAUGAGCGGCGGGCUAUGUCUUUGAAGAUCCCCUUCCCCAUGGCGAAGAUCAUCAAUCUACCUGUGGAUGACUUCAAUGAGCUCCUAACACAUUAUACCCUCACAGAAAGUCAACUAGCACUAGUCAGAGAUAUUAGACGAAGGGGGAAGAACAAGGUAGCAGCUCAGAACUGCAGGAAAAGGAAGCUUCAGAGCAUAAUUCACCUUGAAAGAGAACUGAACCAGCUGCAUGGUCAGAGAGAGCGCCUGGCACAGGAGAGGCACGAGUUCCAGCGGAGCUUGGCUUUUAUUAAAUGUCGCCUUACAGACCUUUAUUCAGAGGUGUUUUCUCACUUGAGAGAUGAAAAUGGACAACCAUACUCAGUAGAUGACUACGCCCUACAACAGACAGCUGAGGGAAAGAUGUAUCUGGUACCUCACACCAACAUGCAGCAAAGAGAGCAAUGCUGAGGCACUGGGGAUUGAUUAUUUUGUUAAUACCCUUACAGUAUACUUCCCUAUUGUGCAGACUUAAAGUAUACAAACCGACUGGAGGUCACAAAAAAAUUCAUACAAAACAUGCCAUAUAUGCA